AUGGCAGGUACAAAGAGGCUUCGCAGCGCAACGAAAGGAACUGCGUCGACCAGCGACCCGGACCCCUCGCUAAUGCUACAAUUAUUUGAUCAUGUCAAGGAAAUUGCCGUUUCGUCAGAACGGUGUAUUGCUGUCCUGCAAGGAUUUUGUGACAGCAAGUGCUCAUUGGAACCACCGAAACGAAGCUCCCAGGUUCCCUCGACGGACUGCAAUUCGAUUCUGAUUGCGACGCACAUUCUGAAACGACUACUGCACUCCUCUUCUACUAGUUUCUCCUUGAUUGCAGCAUUGGGAAACCUGAUUUCGAAAGUCCUGGUCAGUGAUGGGCAAAAACUGGAAAAGGCCUCUCACGUAACCUCCAGCCGGCCGAUCCUUGCUUAUGCUUUCUUGACUGCAACUAUUGCAUCGCUGUAUUGCUUGGAACAAUAUGAGGCGGGUAAGAAAGUUAGUGCUAGUGCUAUUGAGGCCUGUAUCUCUACGCUUCACCGGAUGAUCUUUUUGAAACCGCAUGGUGACGAAGGAGACGACUUGGAUAUGAAUUUGAAUUUGGACAAGCGCGAUGCUACCAUGGAACUUUCAUCUGCAGAAGACAAAUGCAUUUCCUUAUUGCUUCUCCAAGAUACAGAGGUAGGAAAAGAGGAAGGCAAAGCAUCUCCUGGCAAACGAAAGACUCGCCGAAAGAGCAAUCCUUCUUCUUCCAGUCUGUCGGAUACGGACGACUGGUUCAAGGCACUGGAGGAACUGAAGGCCUCCGAUUCGUUGUACUCGCAACGAUUGGAUGCAAGAAUCGCGAUCAAGCGAUGGGCCAGUGUGGCUCUCGUCUGGGAGUGCCAAGGACAACUGCUCUUGCUGCAAGUCAGCCACAAGCUCGCCAAGCAAACCCAGUUUGCGUCUUGUUCUUCUCGAUCCGAGUGGAUGAACGACUUGGUGCAGAUUGUAUCAGAAUCAGGAUUGCACUGUGGUGUGCGACCUCCCACUGGUCAUAUUGACCAUCUGUGUAAGAUCAUUCACCCGUCGGCUGCGAAGAGUUCUUCGAAGAGUACCAGCAAACGGAAGUCCAAGCCGCUUCGGGCUGACAUUCGAGACUGGACUGCUGUGGCAAUCUACGACUUAUUGGACGUUCACCGUGCCUGCUUGAAGAACAUUACAAGUGCGUCUUCCACUUCUUCCAUGGUAGUCAAUGAUGCCAAGCAAGAAGCAUCCUCAGUCUAUACAGCCCCCGAGCUAUCUUCCAAUCUGGUGAAUCUUUGCAGUGCGGCGUCCAACAGCGCUUUUACAACAGACCAGGGAAUGCGGGCAUCGUGGGCCAAGUCUUUGGUGGAUCUAUUUACAGCCUGCUCUCUUCGUCUUGCAGUUGAUCCUGAGCUACCAUUGGAUUGUAGUUUGACAGAUGUAGCUGUGUCGCAGCUGGCCACCGUCUUGGAGAAUGCUAUAAGCUUAGAAUCCAUCCCUAUGGACGAAGACAUGACUGUUGAAGAAGUUCAUGAUCUCUUACAGGCUCUCGCAGAACCGAAUAUCAAGAAAAUUGAUACAGACUACACAUCUCCUGAAAGGUCUUGUACUUAUGCUGGGCUCAAUGAAUCUAUUCCCCUCGACAAGCCAAGUGAGGAUUCUUCGCUCGCUAUUGCAAUACGAGCAAUUUGGACUGCAGCGACCGAUAAUGGGAGUCAAGAUGCGACUCCAGCUGGUCAAUUGGUAGCCACACUUGCCUCGAUUGUCGAGCGUGUGUACGAUACUCGUGAGUCAAUAGAAGGAGACGGCAACGAUAACGUGGAGUUUGUCGAAGAGAAUGCAAGCAAGUCAAAGAAACGAGGCGCGAGAAGCAGCGGUCGAGUUAGCAAGCGUCGAAAGACAAAACAACAGCUGGCGACGAAGCCAAUGGACGGUAUCUGGCGACGUAUCAGCAGGCCACGAGUCGAGGUAGCAACUGAAGCUUUGAAAGCAUUGAAGUUCUGCUUGUUGAAUCAGUCGAUUCCAACAUCCCAUUUACGUCAAUCAAUUCGAAAAUCUUUGGGACUUGAGCAUUAUGAGAAGCUCCUUGAUCUAGGACCCCUUUUGGAUCGAAUCCUUGUCCGGACACAAGAACCAGUGAAGAUGGAUAUAGAUGGGACUUUCGCGUUCUCAAAGGCUGAGCAGGAGUUAUGGGCGGCACAUAUGGAGAUGUGUCAAUACCUUGGUCGAGGCAGAUCCUAUGACAGUGGCUUCAUGGUUCAUCCAAUCCUUGGUACGAACAGUCAACGGAAGAGUUUGUAUCAAGGCAUUGCGAAAGAUAAAAGCAUUGGAUGGUCACUGAGUUUGCCUGCGGCACACCAAACCCUUCUCAUUGCUAACCUUACGAGCGAGAGGAAGGCGACAACUCGAUCAUUCACUGUCCCAGAAUUGUACAUUACAAAAGAAUACGUCAAGAGCAUACAUCGCACAAUGCAGACUGUGCAAACUCUUUCAAAACGAGAACUGGACGAUGAUCACAUCUACGUGGAGACUAAUCUGCAGCUGUCUUAUAAUGACGCACGAGUGUUUGUGCUUGCAUUCUGCAGGCUCCUGAAGGACGACCAGCUUGCGAUUCUCCGAGACUUGGUGACCCAAACACAGAAGGAUAUCAAAUCAAUUCUCUCCAAUUCUACAAGGCGGUCAUUACUUAGUGGCAACACUGAAGCGUCGGGGUUUGUCGCUCGAGUUUUGGUAGUCUGUGGUUGUCUUCUCGAUGUCGCCACUAUCGGAUCUCGCCUCGAAAAGUUGAUUUUUGCGAACAAUGGAGGGCAGGCGAAAGUGAGUUUUCCUUCGUUUGUUUCAACAAUGGAAUGGUACACCAGUGAUAGAUGCUUCAUGAGCAUUUUUGAUUGGGAAUCACCUAGCUUGCCGGAUUCUUCUCUGCCACAACGGUCAUUGAGUGGACUGGACAGCUCGGUCGUUGAUACGAUGCAGAUGGCACUAGAGCAUGCAUUCGAACUUGGUUUUGAGUCAGCACGGCAAGAUAAAUGCCACUUGCUAUUUUCUUCAUGGAACAUGAUGGAUAAGGUCAAUUCAAUCACUGAUUACGUCGUCCAGAGACAAGGUCUUAGAACAACAGCGUUUCCCUCGUUACAAGCAUCACUGGAAGGGAGUUUGGCAUCUCGGUACUUGGAAAUACGGGAAGAUAUGACGAACUUGCACUCUGAAUCAAAUAAUGACGACAGUUUUAGAUUCAAUGCAAGCCGCCUCAGGACUAGUCUUCGCACCAUGCUAACCAGAGCAAACGCGCUUGUCGAAAUGAUCCUCGCAAAUCAUGUCCCAGAAGACGAAUUGAUGUCCCAAAGCACUCCUCUUCUUGUUUUUGGGCUUUUGGAGGGUCUUUCGACAUAUAUUUCUGCUGCUAUCGCACUACACACAAAGCCUGGAAACGACUACUUUUCUGUGUCGGUAGACAAUGCAGGAACCCGAAAUACUAGGAACCGAGGCGAUUCUUCAGAAAGUGAGCAAGUGGCAUCUGAUGCGGAUUCUAUUGAGAGUGAUGGAGAUAGGGACAUCGAUGCACGGUCAGAAACUCUUGAUCAACUACGACGCUGCUGCUACACAUUCGGUGCAGCACCAAUUCAUCCUGACUGGCUGGAUGUAAGCUGCAGUCUCCGCAACGGCAUCCGCCACGAGGAUGCAACCGGGGCAGCUUUAGAUGCUUUACGAGGUCUGACAAGAUUGGCAAUGACCGCUUACUUGCAAUACCGAAAACACUCUUCUACUGCAAUGCAGGAGCAUUUUGGAGGAACCUCUUGGGUUGAUGACGAUCGUGUUAGCCUAUGUAUUAGACUUUGCAAUUGGGCCAACAAUGAAAGUUCCAAGGAUAAAUCUCACCGUGACGACGUUGACUGGAAAGACACUCUUGCUGUUCUAUUCGGGGUGCCACAAGAAGUCACUGAAGUCCUUUUGGGAAACUUGUCGGUGAAGAAUCUCGAAGAAGCGAGAGCUGCGUGGUGUCCAAAUUGUACCCAACAAGAAGAUGACAAGCUGCAAGAUCGUUGGUUGAGUGAAGAUGGGACUUGGGACGCACCGACAGCAGAACUAAGAGCAUGCGGCGAAUGGGGGUUACUACUUGCACAAUCACUGACGACUUCCUGUCUCGAUGUGCAAUAUGGUUCACCUUACCACACAACAAGUGGCGCGGGUCGCUUUGCAGGUCACUCCGGGCAUGAGGAUAUGGUUGCUGCACAAUUGUGGCGGAACGUGAUGGCAACUGCAAUCAGUAGCCUCAUGCCUGCAGCUGCUCUUUUGCGAGUAGGCCUCGGCAAGACAGGAAGAAAGCCGCACCCAUUCUGCUUUCAGGCGAAGAAGAAUACGGCCGAAGAGAUGGCUCCCAUCGAACUUGCCGAGGAAUUGCCAAGAGGCGUCACUACAUCGUCCAGUCAAAAAGCUGCUGUGCUCGAUGCAAUAUCAUUGCUAAGCCAUCUCUCUGUUCAGGUCGACCAAGAGUUGGCAACCCAAUGUCAAGCAGUUGCUUCCCAUCUUCUGAUUGAGUCUAAGUCUUUCGCCGACGUGGUAGCAGUGCAGUCAAUGGUGUCUGCAGUUGGCGAUUUGCAGUCUGCGCAAGCCUUGCAAGGAACUGAAGGCAAAGAGAAUGGACGGCUCAAGAGUAUUUCGCUUGUAACAGAGUUGCUAUGUUGUGCCAUCCUUGAGUCAAGCAGAUUAUCAGGACGACCAGAUGGGCCAAGAAGUCUUGAGUCGGAAAGUAAUUGCAGGCUUAUGGCUUUGCUUGGUGCUUCACAAAAAGGUUUUCACGUUGAUACAAUAGUCCAGAAAAAUAUUGAACCGCUACAGGCUUUCGUUCAAUCAAAGCAAUUGGAACCGAUCGAUGCGGUUCAUAACCCCAAGGCAGAUCUCAAAUCUAUUGUAAUCCAAGAGUUGGUGAGAAUAUUAUGCAGGGACAGGUACCCUGCAAACGACACAAGUCGAUCAUAUGUGGGGACUUUAUUGAGCACAGCAGCGAGCCUUGAUUUUUUUCCGAGCCGAAGCUCAAGUUCGUUGAAGAUUGUGCCCACACUGAUAUCUUCAUUUAACAAAGUCAACAAGCAGAAGAUGACUUCACUUGUGAUCAAGGACUUGUGUUGUUUAACGAAGAAUCGUGUAGUGGAACCAGACUCGUCGUCAUUAUCGUUUCGAAAGUCGAUUGCGAAUAUUCUUUGCUUUCUACUGCUGUCGUCCAAUGACGGAAUUGGCUUCAAAAACUCAAAGUUGGUGUUUGACAAACUUGACGGCGCAAUCGAAGCUUGGUCAUCAUUGGGUUACGAUGACCGUGCACCUGUAAUUGAGGUGUUACUCCUUUAUGCCUGCCGUUUCAACGGUUUGCAGGAUGUUGGUUCAAAGCUUGUUCGUCAGGCAGUGUCGCAUAUUGACGAAAGUUCGGAAUUGAGUGUUUCUUCAAGUGAAAUGAAAGCGCUUUCCAAACUUUUUGGUUAUGUGCGUCGUCUCCGAGAGUCGCUAGCGGAAGAAAAUAUCAACAAGGUCCAAUCGGGGCGAUCGACGCAGCCCUCAAAAGAAACCUCUUUGCGGGAGAUCCCAGAGAUUGGGAAAGAUCUCAAGCUUCCUCUUGCCUGUUCAUAUGUUCAAGAAAGCGGAUUUAGAACACAGCAUUGGUACAACUGCUACACAUGCGGUCUUGUUUGGGAUAAGGGUUGCUGUACUCUUUGUGCCCUGACAUGUCACAAAGGUCACGACGUCUCAUAUUCGCGUUGUAGCUCAUUCUUUUGUGACUGUGGCGCGGAAAAUAACAACCCAGGAGAGCAAACCAGAGUUGCUUGCAAAUGUGUGGCUCCAUUUACACGAGAUCAAACCAUUGAGUUCCUCAAGGAUGAUUGGCUGAGUUAUGAGACACUAGACAGGAGACCGCCCAAAGCUAAGGAAGGAAGCCUUUUGAAAACCGCCGAAUAUUACAUGUCGCCCUGUACCCUUGCUAUUGUUCAAGCUGCGUUCCGUGAAAAAGGUCUUGUUGCACUGAAAACAUUGACUUCAGCGGCGUUAGAAGCUACGUGGCACAAUGACCUGUUUCGGAUCUUACAAAGCCAGUUUCGAAACUGGCAGCAAACCAGGUCUUUCGAAUCAAGAUUGAGCAUAUUUGAGCAAGAGCCUACUGGACAUCUUGAAACAAAAUCAAUGAUCAGAUCGUCGCACGCCACACUUCGUGGAAGUCUACGAACGCGACGCAGCAGACCCCUUAGUUUGCAACACUUAUCUUUGCAUUCGUUGAUUCCAGUACGACGAGCAGUUGGCUUCCAAACAAAAUUGGCGUCAGAUAGCUCCACGAAUGCUCACUUGAGAUUAAAGCUAGAAUCAGGAGAAAUCUCUCGUUCGAUUCUGGUUGCGGACAGCAGGGGUCGAAUGGUUUUGGCUGAGCCUUGUACGCUUGUAUUCUUUAGUACUAUACCAACUGUGAAUGUUCGACAUGUGACAAGACCCCUCAGGGAACCGAUGACACGGCAACAAAUGUGCAUUCUUGGUUUGGGGUUGCUCAAGUUCAACGUUAUUGGGAUGCAGCUCUGUCCAGAUAAUGAAAGACAUCUUGUUGUUUGGGGUCUUACUGAAGCUUGCGUCUUAAUUGUGAAGUCUGAUUGGACAGGAAUUGACGACACAAUUAAUUUGGUCUUUGAUAUUGGACAGCGAGACAGCGAUGAUGGCAACCAUCUGGUGAAAUGCGAAUGGAUACCUGGAUCAGAAAGCAAUGUUGUUGUUGGCUGUAGUCGGUUUGUUCGCAUCUACGACGUGGCUAGAACAAAGAAUGGCAGUCGUGCCCUUCCAGUUGUUGGAUACAAUCUGGGGUUUGAGGCAAAUCUGCGGGAUGUUACGAUGGUAGCUUCGCAAUACUGCGCCGGCAUACCAAGUAUGUCGAAGAUGUUCCUCUUGUUGGAGAAUGGCCGUCUACACGUUGUUGAAUUGAAAAGUGGAGAUGAUGGGAGAUUGGAAUCUCCUGCUGAUCAGCAGCGUUUCGAACCAAGUGAAUGUGUCUCCUUAUCCAUGUGCGGAAUUCGCUUGCGUUCAGGAAUUGGAGCACCAGGGAGUGCGACUAGAACUCUCGGCGAAGGGUCUCACCUCGCGUACCUGAAACAAAGCCGCACUCUCCUUUACAAGUGUUCAACUUCUUGUGUUGUGGCUCUAAUGUUUGACAAGAAAGGUGCCGUUGAAGGAACGUUUGAAUUUCUUCCUCAUGUACUAUCGGCUGGCGCCCUGGGUGACAUUUCCGACAAUACUUCGAUAUCGGGGCCCUAUACUCAUUGGACAGAAUUAGGUCUGACAUAUCGGAAUGGUGCGACAUUCUUCCGAGUGAGCUGUAUUGGAAGAUCAGUGAACAGCAAGGCCCCCAAACUUAUUUGUGUCGAAUUCAACGAGAAUGAAUCUAGAGUCGGCCUGUUGUCCUGGUCACCCUUGGAUGAUGAUGACCUCGACCUUAUGCCAUCCGGUUCUUUUGCUGGCUUGGCUGCAUUUUCAACGCCUUUCAUUAGCAACAAUACUGCAACCAACGGUCCCAUGUACGGAGAAAGGGCAUUUUUGGGCGCGGUUUCUUCGGAUGGAACGAUCUUCUUUUUCGGCGAGGAAUGCAUUGACUCUCUCCCGAUAUCAGAAGAAGUCAACCCACAAAAUACAAUUCAAAUGGUCGAUGCAUCUGGCAGUGCAUUCGAGGCACAAGCUAAGAAAAAGCCUGCCUUCCCCCUGACUAUUUUUGAAACUUUGCAGAAUAUUGGAGACUCUGCUAGUGUUGUUUUUGGUGGACGAGGAAUCGGAAGUGGAGGAGACGAUUUGAAAGCGAGAUUAUCAAGAGAUAGUGGGCAGUCAUUUGUUUGCCCCAACCGCAAUGGUUGCACGAUAACUGUUUCCCUCCGCGAGAAAGAGACUCGUGCUGCUUCAACCAACAGUGCCCUCGCGCAAGAUAAAGAUUCGUUGUCCGCCGGUCAGUUGGUCAUAGCUGCUGUUCGAAUUUUGGUCGGAUCAUCAUUUGGCGGCAUACCGUCCCGAGUUGUCGUCCAGGGACGGCCUUUGGACCUCACUCCACGGGCAAAGAAAUGGUAUUGUCUCCCUUUGACAAAAGAGGAAAUAGCGCUUGGUGUACGAAGUGGUUUCAUUUCUGUUGGAAUUGAGCGGCCGUUUGAUUCUUCGUCCAGCAUUGUCAUCGAUGCAAUGGAAGUCUACGGUAUUGACCGAGAAUCUCUGGAACAGUGGUUACCAAAAUCGUAUUCUUACACAGAUCUAUCGACAGCACCCUGCCACCCUGUUGCAAUGCAAGAGCAAGAACAAGGGGUCAAUGGGCACCAAAGCGGCGAAUCUACAAGCCUGAUACACUGUUGCCAAGCACUUUCCAAUCUUUGCGAAGUUUCUGGAGGAAGGAAAAACAUCUUGAGCGACGAGCGGGACUUUCUCCGUGAACUAGUGGAAGAAACAGCUAUGGAUACCUGUAACCGUGUACGAGACAGUGUUCAGAAUCUACUCAAGAAUCUAGAGCCAGAUUCUCGGUUGAGAACUUCGUUUCUUGAUGAGUGUAUUCUAUCGGGAUGUGCAAGGACCGUUGCUAUGUCAAAAAGUGCUAUGGAAGCCUCCGCAAUGGAAAGUGACGAUGAUCUUAUCCUGGAAAAGAGCUAUCAGCAGAAAGCAAUUGGCUCCCUGAUCCGAAACUCGCUUCAAGCUGCCUCACGAAUUGCCAACGAGCGACCGAUGAAUUAUCUGAAAACAAUGGAAAAUGCCAUUGAGAGUGACCUCUCGUCAGCAUCUCUCGCUGUAGAGGCAAGCAAAGUACUCAUCGCUUAUUUUGCAGAGGUCGAAGAGUACCAAGAAAUGAUUACCGGGUCAGAAGGCAUCAUGGAACUAUCCUUGAUUGAACUAGCGAUUGAAUUGAACACUGAUUCUGCGCACAGCGAACAGUUUGCAUCCUUCACAACGAUUCGAAAUUUCUUGGACAUGGGGAAUGCUGACUUCGUAAAACGGACAUGUGACGCAAUUUCAAUUUUUUGCGGUAAACACGGAAAUACAGAACGCAAUGGCCUGUUCACUCUAAUCCAACAUGCAAGACUUGUGGCAUACCAGUGUGAUAGCUGUACCCUUUUCCCCAUGAAAAUAAUACGAUACACUCUCCUCGAAGGUGACCAUGAUAUCGACUUGUGCCAGGAAUGCUACUCUCUAGGCAAGAAGUACGCGGAAUCCAACAACUUCGAUCCUAGUGUCGAAGUCAAAGUAAAUGGGGAAAGCGUUGGGGCUGAACCGAAGCUUGAUUGUGCUCAAUUGAAGCAAAUGCAACCGGUUUCACUCGAGAGAAUGGAUGUAGAACUGGUUGAAGUUUCUACAAACAACCCAAAGGAAGUGAAGGAUUCUGAUGAUCGCAUGGAAGAAGAGAAGGACCAAGAUGAGAAUACGAAGAGACCGAAUUCUUCUGAAGAAGAUAAUGGUAUUGGGUGCCAGGCAUUCGAAGAAUUCCUUGGUUUUCUCUUCAGAAACAUUGUCGAUCACGUUGCAAGCAAAUUGAAGAAACAAGAUUGUGGGUCUGAAAUUGCGCCAAUAUUUGGAUUGCUACUCGAAUUGGUUCAACUAUCUCAGCAAGGUGACGUUCAAGACAAUCAUGCAAAGCGUUUUGCAAAGGAGCUCUGUAUCGGCCUCUCAUACCUCCUGAGAACUUCAGCAAACAGUGAAAGCUCGGAAGAAAAUACAUUGCCUGUGAUACUUUGCCUACGGGCACUUUCCAGUUUGCUUGCACCUGAGAACUACGCUAGUGAUUGGUCGCAGCCGGAUGACGUUCUGGAUAGCGCCCGGUUGUCCAAACAUAAGGAGAAAACCAACCCAAAUUAUGUUUGCCCAAUGCACAAAAUUCCAGCGGUCAGGAGACGAUGUAAUAGUGGGGCGAAUAAGGAUCGUCGAUUCUAUGUGUGUGGAAUGGAGCGAGGACAAAGAUGCAAGUACUUCGUGUGGGCAGAUGAAUCAGUUGGGCGACCUCAAGAGCAGAAACGCGAUCGGUCACCCAUUUACGAUAUCAUUCGGGACCAUCUUUGGAAGGAGUCCACAGAUGUUGGUGUAUCGUUGCAGGAACGGCUAUGUCAGAUUCUCGAGGACGUGUUGUUUGAUGGCGAUGACAAUGAUUCGGCCACAUCGGGAUCAGGGUCAAAAAAGAAAGACCGACUUCGCCUUGGAAGUACUUACUCUCAUGAGAAUAAGCAAAAGGAUUUUACAGACGGUGUCUUUUGCAGCCGUGAGAAGCUUCGAGACAUAAUCUCAGUCAAAACCGAGUUGGACAAUAGUCAAAACAGCUUCAGCAGUUACUUGAUGGCGGGAAAGAAGAGCGGAGAUCACAAUAUGGGGCUUCUCGAGUCUUCACUUGACCUGCUUGUGCUGGUGGCCGAUCACAAGACCCAAGGUAUUUCAAGGUGGUUUUCUCUCCUUUGUGAGAUCAUAGUAUCGAAAACGAAACAUGCAGCCACCCGGCCUAUGGCGAAGAAGGUUUUGAAGAAUCUUUGCGGAGGAAAGAUGACCCUUUUUCAAACUAUUCGAGACCAUUUUGGAUUUUGGUUCCAACUCAAACGUCUGUAUCGGUGCUCGAUCACUCGGUUGGAAGCAGCUCUUAUUGUGAAAGAAAAGGCUCGAUACUGUCACCCUGAUUGGUCCAAUUUAGAAAAGAAAACAUGGGCAAACCUUUGCGUUGGCGAUCUUAUUGGUGCAGAUGAGUUGCUUUCGGAGGACACUUAUUCUCAUGCAUCGUGCAAGACGGUGGGAAGGGUGCUCGAUGACUUAUGGAAUGGAAUCAAAAGUCGAGAUGAUAGUUGGCGACGUUUCUGUGGACUUCGAUCCCUUCCUCAGUCGCUUCGAGAUCAACGUAACAAAUCGAAUUCGGACACCUACAAGACACACAACGAUCAGUAUUUGUCAGAGGCUGCCCCAAUCAUGGCUCUAUUCUGGAUCUCUUGUGCUUUGUCAGGGACAAACCAAACCAAAGCGCUUCGUAUUCUAGACUUUGCACUCAACAAUUCAAGUGCUGGGUCUCGAAUGAAUGGAAAGGGCAGCGAAGCUGCAAUUGACAACGAUGAUAGCAGCAUGAAAGAAGAGGAAGAUGUGAUUUCACUUUCGCAGGAAGGGCGUGCACUUCCGGAAGAGAUACUGAUGACUGGAAAGGAGAAGCUUACAGUUGACGGUUUUGUUGCAUUUUCUAUGACAUAUGUAUACGGUGGAAGAGCAUCGCAACUGAGACAAGCUGCUGCUGGUAUACUGAAGAAGCUAUCCAACAGCUUGUCCACUGAAGAUCAAGGUCGGCUUUUCCAACGACUGGUCUAUGUACCAAUGGAAGACGCAGGAAGAAUGGGCAAAGCAUCGAAUGAGUUUUUGGGUUUCUUGCAGUCAUUGUCCUCUUCGAUUGGUUCCGAAAUACCCAGAGAUGCCGCAGAUCUUGUUUUGGAUUGCUUUGAGCAACAGAUCGAAGCAGCGCGCUAUGAUAGAUCCAACGGCGAAUGGGUGGUUCUCGAAUCGAACGCCGGUGGUACGCCAGUGAAGAAACGAUUUGACAUCUCACCAUGUUUGCAUUGUCAACGGCAACACUCCCCUGGGAAAGAUUCCUUUGGACUUUUGGGUGAGCGCGCUGAGUCAGGCUCGAGCAGUGGGAGAAACAAUCGAGGUGGUCUUGCUGCUGCUAUGCGUCGAUCAGGAACAUCGACAGCACAAUCACCCUCUCGAACCCAAGACCAGCGAAAAUGGCACAAGGACCAAGUUGCUGCAUUCAGUCGGGGACGUAUUGACAGCUCAAAGGAGUCCUCUGCGAGCAAUGAAUUCUGUUCCUUUUUCUUGCUCAAGUAUAGACUUUCAAUCUCAGAGAUUCAUCUCUCGGUGAAUGAUCCGAGAGGCCGUUAUGUCAAAACUAUCAACGUCUACUUCUCACCCAGACCAGUGAACGCUGUGUCGGAUCUGAAGGCUGAGGAGUAUGACUUACGGUGGAAAAAGUGCGCAACCAUGAGUUUGUCAAGAGGUGCCCUCCGAGCCAGUGCUACACUUCCUGAACCCAUUGUUGCUUCCAACUUGAAGUUUGAGUAUGCUGAGUUUUAUGAUCGACCAGGUGGCUCCAAAGCUGCAGAUGGUUCGUUUGUUGUUCACUGUCCACGGUGCACAAGAGUGGUCACAAAUGCGCAUGGCGUUUGCGGCAACUGUGGAGAAGUUGCGUUUCAGUGUCGAAAAUGCCGCCACAUUAACUAUGAUAGACUUGAUGCCUUUUUGUGUGUGGAGUGUGGCUACUGUGCAAGUGGAACCUUCUCCUAUGAAUUAUCUGCAGGCGUUGCAUCAAAUGCGGUGACGAUUACCAGCGACGAAGAUCGUGAAAGAGCAAUGAAAAUGUUGGGCACUGUCAUCUCCAUCGAAAACGACAUUCGAAGUGCCAUCCGAGAGAAAGUAACAAUAAUUGGAAGAAAGAAACCCAAUGCCAAGAAGGAUGACUUGGAACAGAAUUUCAAUUCAUCCAUGAAGAUGGCAUUUAUGGGAAUACCUUCUUCGACCACACAUGAUCACAGUAAGGUUUUCGAUCGUGUUGAGAAACCAGGUUCGGUUGUGAAAUAUGUCGCCCGACCCAACAGCGCUCCAUUGGCUAAUAGCCGAAGCCCGUCUACUGUCGAUCGAACACGAUCCCUCCUUCGUUUGGCACGUCAGAUCCGGAGUGAAUCUGGAUACCCAUCAUCAGGGGAACGAAGACGAUCUGGCGACGUUAUCAUUCGGCAUCUUGGACGUGGUCUGGCAAUUGAUCACAUGGAAGAAGAUAACGAUCUUCUUGGUCUACUCGAAGAUGAUGGCUUGGAUUCGUCUGAUCCAAUGAGUCGCGCACUUCUCGCUUCCUCCCGUCGACGCGGAUUGGGAGGACCCUUGGCUUCAUUGGAUGCAGCAGCUGGAGGAAGUGGAGGAGGAGAUGGUGAAACGACGAGAAAUGAAAGCACAGCAGCAGCAGCAAAUGCAAGUGCAAAUACAAAUACAAGUGCAAGCGCCUCCUCGGCAAGAAAGAAGGAACUCGGCAAAGAAGCCGUCAUGGAAUUCCUCAAGCUCCAUUCUCUUUUGCGGGAAGCCGAACGUGAAAAGAACGAACUCAGUCGGCGCCUCCAAGCAUGGGAUGGCCUCUGCCGUGGUUACAUUGGACAGGUGGAUACCCAAGCCACCACAAAUACCGAACUCGAGUUUGCUCCCUCCCACUGUUCUACCUGUUCGGUUCCAGUCGCCCAACAAUUGUUGACUCUUUGGUUACGAUUGUUCCAAGCCAGUCCUUCUACUGUGUCAGUGGAUUUGGAUUUCAUUUGCACCUUGUUGGAAGAAAUGCCUGGCAUUGGCAAGGGCUUUUUGGAAUCGAAACGAAUGGUCGUCCGAGAGAUCGCCACCAAGUCUCCAUUUGGUGCGAAAUUAGUAUUGAACGAACUCCGAAAACGAUUGGAAGUUUCGAGAGAUAUGAAUUGUGCCGAAAUUUUGGGCAAGAUUUUGGAAUCCAACGAGUUUGAAUUUGCCGACGAAUUUACGCAGCUGGCCAUGGAUGUCUUGGCUCGGUAA